GUUCCUUUGCGCUCAAGUAAAAGCUAUGGUGGAAAGGCCUCGGGUUGUGGCUGUGCCAUUUCCUAUGCAAGGCCAUAUAAGCCCGCUUCUUCAGCUCUCGUAUCAACUGGCUGCUGCUGGUAUUGACAUCACUUUUGUCAACACUUUCAGAAAUCACGAGCGACUUGUGGGAUCCAGAGAAGUCGUGUCUAAGGAGCAUUCUUCCGGAGUUAUAACUUUCAUGGGCAUCUCCGACGGCGUUGCAGCGAAAGCCUUCGACGGAGGUUUCAACGAGUCCCUCAAUGCGUCCCUCGUUGCCUCCGACGAGAUGGCGAAGCCCUUUGAGGAACUUCUCUGGAAACUGGACGGUGUUAGCUGUGUGAUUUCGGACGCUUAUCUUGGAUGGGCUCAAGCCGUCGCGAACAGAUUUGGGGUCCCCAGGGUUGCACUGUGGACGUCCAACGUUGCUUACUCCCUUGUGAAUUAUCAUCUUCCACUGCUUGUUGAGAAAGGCUAUCUUGGAGUAAAAGAUCCUUCUUCUGUUGGUUUUCUCGACAACCUUGUGACUUGCGUUCCUGGGGUCGAGCCAAUUUAUGCUCGGGACCUUCCAACCGUUCUUCGCUACGACUCUGGGGAAGAUCCCGGCUUUGCAAACAGGAUUCGCAAGAUUCAAGCUCUGAAACAUGCAUCGUGGGUCCUCGUCAACUCCUUUGAAGAGCUAGAGAGCGCCGGAGUUGAGUCCAUGAGGCGAGAGCUUGGAACGCAGAACUACGUGACAGUCGGGCCACUCCUGGUAGAAGACACAGGGGGCAGGAAGAGUCUGUGGAGCGAAGACGAGGCAUGCUUGAAGUGGCUUGACUCUCAAAAGCCAGGCUCGGUUCUCUACAUUUCUUUCGGAAGUAUAGCCAGCAUUGCAGGUGCUCAGAUGAGAAGCAUUGUGAAAGGGCUGGGGGACACAAGGCAGCCUUUUCUCUGGGCAAUGAGAAAAAACUUACUGGUUCCGGACUCCGACUACUCAGAGAGAUCCUUCCAGGAGUUUAUGGGAGCGACUAAGGCACAAGGGCAGGGACUGAUCGUGGAAUGGGCUCCGCAAGUGAAAGUUCUCCAGCACCGGGCACUAGGUGGCCACCUAUCACAUUGCGGAUGGAACUCGGUACUGGAGAGCAUGGCGAUGGGAGUACCGAUACUCGGCUGGCCCUGCGUCGCCGAGCAGACGAUGAACUGCAAGAGAAUUGCGGAAGACUGGAAGAUUGGGCUGAGAUUCACGACCGACGACGCAAAGCAGCAGCUUGUGAGCGAUGAGGAAGUGGCAAGAGUCAUCAAAAAGCUGUUUUGCGAAGGCGAGGGGCGCGAGAUCAAGAAAAGAGCCAGAGAGUUCUCAGCCAUUGUGAAAACCGCUGUCAGCCCGGGCGGAUCGUCGCACCGAAACUUGGAGAGGCUUGUCCAGGCGAUCAAAUUCGGAAGGCUCGGCAAGAACUCUGGCUAAAGUGAUGUCCGUACGAGUGAGCUUGUGGGAAUAGGAUACUGCAAAGUCAGGCUUUCUCA